AUGUCGAGCGCGCAACAACCUCAAUCCAUCCCCACACUUGGGCCAGUUCACCCUGAUUUCGUCGACAAACUUGUUCCCGAGUACGUUGCGUUCCAUAACGAACACCUGACCAGCCUGCCCGCUCUCCCCGAGUUACCUUGGGACCCUCGGUUCCGUUCCUUCCCCGCACCUCCGGGAAAUACGCCCCCGCAGCAAGUCGGCAGCAUCAAAGACAUCUCCCUUUCUCGCUUCAAGAUCCGAGUUUUUACUCCCGAUGGGCCUGCUCCAACCAACGGAUGGCCUGCGCUCCUUUUCUUCCACGGCGGAGGAUGGACUCUCGGUAAUAUUAACACGGAGAACAGCCUUUGCACUAUUCUCUGUAAUCGUGCGCGAGGCGUGGUAGUGUCGGUUGACUAUCGUCUCGCUCCCGAAAACCCAUAUCCAGCCGCUGUAGAAGACUCGAUCGAAGCACUCCGAUGGCUUUACGAGAAGGGGCGAGAUGAAAUCGAUGUUGAUUCCUCACGCCUGGCUGUUGGAGGAUCUUCCAGUGGUGGAAAUCUCGCUGCCAUCGCAGCUUUGAAGGCAGCGGAGAUGCAGCCGCCCAUUCCACUUAUCUUCCAGAUGCUCAUUGUCCCAGUGACCGAUAAUACGGCAUCGGAGGAUGGCACGCCCCAUGCAUCGUGGGCCGAGAACGCAAACACCGCCUGGCUCAACAUCGCGCGGAUGAUGUGGUUCAGAAGAAACUACUUGCCUAACCCCGCAGACUGGACAAGAUGGGACAGUUCCCCUAUCUUUGCACCGGAUAACUUGAUCCAGAAGGUUCCCACGGCUUGGAUCGCUUGCAUGGAGUGCGACAUCCUGCGAGACGAAGCCAUUGCGUACGCCGAUAAACUACGCGCUGCCGGUGUUAAGGCCCACGUCGAAGUCUACAAGGGAGCACCACAUCAAUUGAUGGUUUUAGAUGGACUUGCGAUAUAUCAUACUUAUUCACAAUCUAUCACGGGUACAGGGUGA